CUCACGCUCACACUCUCUUUUUCUUCCCCUUCUCAUUCCCUCACACACACAUUCACGUAACGCACGUCUCGCCUUCGCGAUCAAUCCCCUCCUCUUAUUCCCCCAUAUAGGAGUCUGUGUGUCGUCGCUGCUUCUCGCGACCAUCAACGAGGGUUUCAAGAACGGCUGGCAGUUCUCCCGACGAUCCAUCAAUAAACUCACAUCGUCCCGGCCGACGACGCCUUCGAGCCUGCGAGCCAUUUAAUUACCGACUUCGGUCCAAUCCAACUCAUUAGUCAUUCUUUUUUAAUUUACGUACCGUUACGAUGCCUCAGUAUACCUCCCGUGAUGUCGGCGACCCGACCCAGAUCAAGAAGACGAAGCAGUCCAUGGCAGACCUCAAGCUUAGGCGCCUAACGGAGCUGAACAACAGGCUGCGUGAGGAUCUGGACCGGGAACGCAUUCCCGUCAGCACCGCCUCCAAGAGCAUAAUCGCGUACUGCAAUGGUACAAGAGAUUACAUGGUCCCUUCAGUAUGGGGAACUGUGCCCAAGGGCGAGGACCCCUAUGCACCACAACAAUCCGGCGGCUGCUGUGUUAUCAUGUAAUUCCGUUUCUCCCCAGAGGUGGAAGAAUGACCAUCGAUGACGUUUCAAUUGGGCGGGAUUUUUGACGCGGCUUUUUCACUUUUAUUUCUUCCUCUUGUGUGAUAUGGGUUUUUUUAUUAUUCUCUCUUUUAUUUUACAACGCGACGCGGCUGGGAAUCAGACAGCCAGCGACGGAUUCGCCGACGUCGACACACCACCAAACAAACAACACACCUGAUCCGGAAAGGCCUUUACGAGAAACUAGACGGGACUCUGAGCUGGAUCGACGCAGUCUCAAAUGAUUAUACCAAUGCUAGAGAGGGGAGGGGGCGGUGGGAGGGAGGAAGCAAAAGUCGCCUGGGGAUCGAGCAAAGGCCCCGCGCUCCCUUUUCUCUACGAGUUUAUUUUUUCAAGCUCUCUCUUACUUUUUAAUAAAGCAGUCGAGUGGUUUCAUCUAGGACAGGAAGGAGGAAAGAGAUAUAUCCAACGAUGAGAAAGAAGGAAAAGAAAAGGGUCUACGGUGGAUUGGGAAGCCGGCUCUUAUAUCUUUGUCUUUUUUUUAGCAUGUAUUAAUUCCCGUUUUUUCUCUAUGGUCCUUCUCUUCUUAAAUCGAAAUGGCCCCCCCUGUACACUUUUUCUUCUUCUCUUUUUUUCCAACCAUUCCAACUUGUUUUGCCGUUUUCCACAUUUAGAUUCGUUUCCCUUUUCCCGUGUGCCGGAGAUGGAUGGAGAGUCACAGCGCGGUAGCAUAUGGUGAUUUGCGAGAUAUUUUCACAUAUAUUCCCCUUUGGAAGUUGAGCUGAAGUGGCCGGCUGGGAGAUUGUCGUGUAUAAUGUCGCUUGUAAUGCGAGUGGGCGUAGAUAAUUUAACGGCCGAGUUUUGAACAAGGGUGGCAUUUUAUUUAUUUUCCUCCGUGAAGAGAUACCUAAUCAAGAUAUCCUAUAAUAAUACUGACGAUGUAAUAUCAAUUCUCAGGUAUAAGACUCCUCUUUUUUUUUUUCUUUCGCCAACGUUCCUCUUUUGUGUUGGUUGACAUCUUAACGUGAGUCUUCAUGGGCAAAUUAAUGGCGCGACGCUGCCCGUUUAGCUGUUGUGUACAGGUAGUGGUUAGUUGGCGAUACCCUGUACCUGUGUCCGAAACGCGUGCUGCCUGUUUGUCGCUCGCAAGCAAUGAAGCGAAAUAUUGGGGAUGAUUAAUGGAGUAAAUAAUCAUCUCAUUACGAAACAGGGCGUUUACAGGGAGAUUGCCAUUCUUCUGGUGUGCUGUUGAAAACUGCCUUUUUGCGUCAACAAAGCAAAAUAGAAACGAUUUCUCGCUAGCCAUCAUGGGCACGUGAGGGUGUGCUGUUGUAAUUUUCUCAAGCCUCAAAGUUUGCUUCCCAGCUCUUCAUUGCUCAUUGAGUACUUUGAAAAUUAUGAGGUACAAAGCAGAAAAUAUCAGGUAUACAAAAUCGUUCCAUUCGUUGCAGUAAUAUUCAACGCCCCAGUUCCUGCAAACGCAAAACGUCGCUCAAUUGUACGGUCUAAAUGUACAAAUAGAAACCAACAUUCCCCACAUAAUCCCAAGCAACUCUUAGUAAACCAAAUCGGAACUUCUGCCAAGGUUUGGUUAACUUUUGACAAUAUCGCCUCAAUCUCACGCAAGACAAAACCACUCAUCCUCUUUUUCCAUAUACUAGUCCAACUUCCUCAUCUCCAUCCAAAUUUCCUUCAAUUCCCCUCCGUAAAACAAACUUGAAUUCUCGAAGAAACUAUAAAAAAACCAAGAGCAUCACCCGCCAUGUCUACUGCUAUUUCUUCUCCACCGCCCGCACAGCUUCUUCAGCAGGGCGCCGUCCUGGCACCUUUACCACGCAUAACGAUCCAGUUUUGCACUCAGUGCAAAUGGAUGCUGCGAGCUGCCUACUACGCUCAAGAACUCCUCUCCACAUUCUCCCUCUCCCUCGGCGAAGUCGCCCUCCAGCCCUCCACCGGCGGAACCUUUAUCGUCACAAUCUACCACCCUUCCGCAUCUCCUUCAGAGUCCUCAGAACCGCCAGUCAUCCAAUCCACUGUCCUCUGGAACCGCAAAACAGACCAAGGCUUCCCCGAGACAAAGGAGCUCAAACGCCGCGUCAGGGACGUCAUUGAGCCGGGGAGGGAUCUGGGCCACGUUGAUCGGGACCAUCGUCGGCCUGCUGCUGCUGCUGCUGCGGAGUCCAAGACUAUAGUAGAAGGAGACGCAAACAAGGAAGAACAAGUUGACAAGAAGAAGCAAGGAUCAGCAGCUUCUGGAGCUGGCGUUGUAUGCGAAGAUUGUAAUUAAAGCCGCCCAUAAAGCGGGCAGUGAAUUGUUAUAAUGAAAGCAAACAAGUACGGCACAUGUCGCAAUAAAUCUGCUUCCUCUUGAGUUG